AUGGAUGCAGAAGGGAAGAGUGAGCAGGGUAAACAAAAGAAGGGGCGAGUUUGCAGCAGUCUCUGGCCCGAGGGCUACGCAGCCGCUGGGACUUUGACCUCCACGGUGGACAUGAGCACUCAGCCCUACAGGAACCUCUCUGGUGUAGGAGUGGGGAGACCAAGUCUUUGCUCACAAGGAGAACAGAGGGGUCACCCACACUCCCGGCGCCGCCACCGCACCACCUUCAGUCCAGCGCACUUGGAACAGCUGGAGUCAGCUUUUGGGAGGAACCGCUACCCUGACAUUUGGGCCCGAGAAGGCCUGGCCCGGGACACAGGUCUCAGCGAGGCCAGAAUCCAGGUCUGGUUCCAGAACCGCAGAGCUAAGCAGAGGAAGCAAGAGCGGUCACUGCUCCAGCCACUGGCCCAUCUGUCUCCUGCCACCUUCUCCGGUUUCUUGCCUGAGCUCCCUGCUUGCCCCUACUCCUACCCAACACCACCUCCCCCAGUGACCUGCUUCCCUCACCCCUACAACCAUGCCCUUCCCUCUCAGCCUUCCACUGGUGGUUCCUUUGCUCGACCCCACCAUUCUGAAGACUGGUACCCCACCCUGCACCCAACCCCUGCUGGUCAUAUGCCCUGCCCUCCACCCCCACCCAUGCUUCCCCUCAGCCUUGAGCCACCCAAGUCCUGGAACUAA